AUGGCAACAAAAGACUUAUCAAGUGGAAUAUAUCAUUGCAAGAAAUGCAUGCAGGAAGACAAUGACCGCAUGGUGCAAUGCAAUCGAUGCUGUUCCUGGUACCAUUUCGACUGCGUUGGAGUAAUAGACGAGAAAUCUGAGAACAGCUGGAACUGCGACUGCGUCAACGUGUCAUCGGAAGUCAUCACAACCAUAUUGAGCAACGCCCUGCAGAACCUCGGAAAUACCACACGAGCAGGCGAACCUCAGGCUACUUCGUCACCAGCAAAACCAACGGCGCCGCUACCAGAACCGGAUCGGGACUUUGGACUAUGCCCGCCAAAAAUAUUCCCGGACACAGCUAGGACGGCUGUUCCUAUUUUUACUUCUGCCAAACAAAAAGCGAUGGUCACACACUCAGCUGUGCGUGACACGUGGCAUUACGAUCACGAGGCACCGCAGCUGCCGUUCCUAACCUCAAACAACACGCGUGCUACGACACGCGAACAACCGCACCAAAGUGCUACGCCGAUGGCUCCCUGGAAUUUCACAAAUACUCAAACCAGGGCUGCAUCGUACUAUCCAGAAAGUAAAGUGCGAAUGGACAUAGACCUAAACACAGCAAUACCAAGCGCGGCACAACUUGCAGCCCGUCAAGCGAUACCGAAAGAGCUUCCAACAUUUGAUGGCAAUCCUCAGAACUGGCCUCUAUUCUACAGUAGUUUUCAGACAAGUACGGAAAUUGCUGGGUAUACGAAUGCAGAAAAUCUUAUGCGGCUGCAAGCUAGCCUAAAGGGAAAAGCACAUAAGGGAUCGGCACUAACGCUCAUCGACAACAAGGUCUUUAAGCAACUCGGCUUAAAAGGCGUUCCAGAUCCACUGUGCCUAAAAUGGACCAACGAUACAACACGUGAAGAAAAUGCAUCGGAACGUGUCACGCUUACGGUUGCCAAUCCACAUAAUGGCAAUCAAUUCUACUUGGAAGAGGUUCACAGUGUAGAUACCCUGGAUCUACCUGUACAGUCUAUCGACAUAAGGGCUCUCGCCAAAGAAUUCCCCCACCUAGCGGGACUACCGAUAGCAUCAUACACCAACGCACGCCCAAGCAUCCUAAUCGGCACAAAUAACUGGAACCUCGCCGUACCCCUUAAAAUCAAAGAGGGGGCAUGGCACCAACCAAUAGCGUCAAAGACGCGACUGGGAUGGGCACUACAAAGCUCCACGCCAUCAAGGGCCACUAGAGCUAAUGUCAGCGUUCACAUGUGUGGAUGCCGAGACGCAGACGCCAAGCUGCAUGAGAUCAUCAAACAAGCGUUCUCAUUAGACGCUACCACAGCAAAACCGCUAUCAUCACCAGAAGAAACUCAAGCUCUAACCAGACUUGAAUCUACUACCGCCUUGAAGAACGGCAGGUACGAGGUCGGUCUAAUGUGGAAAGACCCUGAAGUUUUAUUACCUGAUAGCUACGCAAACGCACUAAAACGGCUUAAAUGCCUACAAAAGCAAUUUUCCCGACAACCACAGUUGAAGGAGCAAAUCACCAAGCAAAUCGAAAACCUCGUCGAAAAGGGCUAUGCUCGCAUGCUGACGCCGGAGGAAAUAGCUGCACCAAACAGACGGACUUGGUAUCUACCAACCUUCAUAACUAAAAAUCCAAAUAAACCAGAGAAGGUCCGGCUUGUAUGGGACGCAGCCGCCCAAUCCGGCGGCAAGGCCCUGAAUGACUACAUCUGGAGUGGUCCAGAUCUCCUAAACUCCCUGUUUGACCUCUUACUCUCAUUCCGAGUGGGACGAGUGGCGAUCUGUGGCGAUAUCGCUGAGAUGUUCCACCAGAUCCGAGUGAGACCAGCAGACACCCAUGCGCAAAGGUUUCUGUGGUUCGACAGCAAAUCCGAGAGGCAAGAGCCUAACGUCUAUGUUAUGGAAGCGCUUACUUUCGGAAUCAAUUGCGCACCCUGCAUUGCACACUUUAUUCGUGACAAAAAUGCAGAUCGAUUCUGCCAACAGUACCCUCAAGCAGCACAAGCCAUGAAGGACUACCACUACGUGGAUGAUUUUAUAUACAGCGGCGACAACUACGUGGAAGUCGGAAACAUCGCAACUCAAGUCAGAGACAUCCAUGCAGCAGCUGUCGAAAUUACCGCAACAGAAAAGGUACUCGGCUUAUAUUGGAUGCCGAACUCCGACGUAUUCACAUUCAUCUGCAAGUUCGCCAGGCUGAAGCGCAACGUUUUAGACAGCGACAAAACACCAACCAAACGCGAGCUCUUGCAAGUACUUAUGUCAAUGUACGACCCACUCGGCUUCAUCUCAUGCUUUACAAUAGAGCUGAAAAUUCUACUGCAAGAAGUCUGGAGAAGCGGCAUUGGCUGGGAUACUGGUUUGCCCGACGCAUUGUUACCCAAAUGGAUACGAUGGAAACGGAUCCUUACAACAAUCGCUGGAUUGACCAUCCCGAGAUGUUAUUUCAACAGCAGCGAUCAAAUCCAUGAUGUCCAGUUACACACGUUCGUUGACGCCAGCGAAUUGGCAUACGCAGCAGUCUGCUACCUUCGGAUACGCCAGGGGGAAAGAACCUACCUCAGCUUCGUGGCCUCCAAGGCGAAAGUGGCACCGUUGAGCCCACUAUCUAUACCAAGGAUGGAACUGCAGGCCGCAGUUAUCGGAGCAAAGCUGAGUAACCGAAUCCAACGCAAUCCAAGAUUGUCAAUUAACUCGAGUUGUUAUUGGUCCGACUCAAAGACUGUUCUCAAAUGGCUUCGUAUGGAUCCACGAAAGUUUCAGCAAUUCGUCAUGCACCGCGUGGGCGAAAUACUGGAAUUCACAAACGUUAGCCAAUGGAACUGGGUUCCAACCAACCUUAACCCUGCAGAUCUUGCUACUAAAACAAACAACGCCAAUAAAUAUAAAACUUGGCUACACGGUCCAGACUAUUUGCUGCAGGAUCAACACGAGUGGCCAAAAUGCGAUGAUUUGGGGCCACCAAACAAUGCUGAAGUCAGGCAUAACAUACUCUUCAUCGACAAUUCGCCGAUGGAGCUAAAACUUAACGCGGAAUAUUUUUCCGACUGGCGCAGGCUAUAUCGAGCUUUAGCGCGCUUUAUUCUCUACAUUGAGAAACUGAAAGCGAAACAAAAGAAGGCAUCGCCACCUACAGAGGUGUCUUACGAGAUGAUUCAGCAGGCACGCACACUCCUACUGCGGCAUGCGCAGUCAUCUGAAUUCAACCCAGAAAUUCGCAACUUAACGAGAGAUGAAAACCAGCUUCUACGUACCCGAGGGCGAGCAGAAAACCUAAACGGCCAAAACCAAAUACUGCUCCCAUAUGGGCACCACAUUACUCGGCUCAUAGUGAACUGGUAUCAUCAGGAAAUGCACCACACAUCCCAUGAGACGUGUAUUAACAGGAUUCGAGGCAUGUUUUACAUACCACGCCUACGAGUCUUAUACAAAGGCAUGCGGAAGUCUUGCCAACGCUGUAAAAAUGAUAGCGCCAUGCCUGUUCCACCGCAAAUGGCUCCCCUGCCCAUCGCCAGGCUGGCUGCCUACCAACGUCCCUUCACUUACGUCGGUAUCGACUACUUCGGGCCCUUCUUGGUUGCUGUAGGACGGCGAAGCGAAAAAAGAUGGGGCGUUAUUUUCACCUGCCUAACCAUACGGGCAGUGCAAAUAGAACUGGCGUGCUCUUUGGACACUGCAUCGUGCAUAAUGUGCAUCCGAAACUUCAUCAAUCGGCGCGGGACCCCGAGAGAAAUUUACAGCGACAAUGGCACUAACUUCAAAGCUGCCGAAAAGAUUAUCUGUGACAAAGCGCAGACGAUCAACUUCAACGCCGUGCAACCGGCGUUCGAUGACAUCAAAUGGAAAUUUAAUCCACCAGCCGCUCCUCAUAUGAGGGGAGCAUGGGAGCGACUUGUUCGUUCCGUCAAGACUGUACUCUACGCAAUCUGCCCAGCGAGAAAAUUCACCAGCGAGGGCCUACAAAGCGCACUCUGGGAAGUGGAAUUCAUCCUAAAUUCCAGACCGCUUACUUUUGUCUCUCUGGACUGCAAAGACGACGAGGCUAUCACCCCUAACCAUCUACUACUAGGAUCAGCAAGCGGCUAUAAACCAGUCUUCGAAACCACACAUACCGUACAGCACAUGUGGCAAGCUGUACAAGAAUCCGCCGAUCAAUUCUGGCGACGAUGGGUACGCGAAUACGUUCCAGAUUUAGCCAGGCGAGGAAAAUGGUUUACGAAGAGACCACCAAUAGCAGCUGGAGACGUCGUUGUAAUAUUGGACGAGACUCUGCCCCGAAAUAGAUGGCCAAAAGGUAUAGUCGAGCAAACAAUCCUGGCCAAAGACAACCAGAAUUACAAGAAGACCAGCCAGAAACGCACCACGAUCUUCCGAAUACCCUUCAGGAGACUGUUCCUGAUCCUGGUGAAAAUGCAGCAACGUCGAAUGAAGCUCCAAAUCGAAACCAAUCUUCGCGAUGACGUUCUGACACUUGGAAAGAAUGCUGUUUCAACAGAAAGCCAAGAAGAGGAAUAUGAUUCUCAGGAUGAUGAAGACACUGAAGUCAAUUGUAUUGAGUUGGAAGAAGAAGAAUCAGAAGAAGAAGAUGAUGAAUAA